AUGGAUGUCCCUUCUUUUAAUAGUUCCAGUGACAGCCAUACUACAAGCAGCCAACUACCUGUGUUAAACCCCCUAUAUUCUGAUUCCUAUAAUGGUCAAAAUGCGCCGUACGGGUCCACGCCUGCUGCAAAUCAUUCGCUGCCUGGAAUGAGUUUUUACCUUUCUGAUCUUCGCAACGGUCACGAAUCCUCACAGCCUGAGCCCACGGUGGACAAUAAUUCAUUUGACCCGUUUAGUAGUGACCCGUCUAUUUCAGGGGCACUCUUCACCCAGUUCGAGGCAGAUCCUGCUAUAAUGAACACGCUUUUUCAAUCCUAA